AUUAUAAAACUGCAGCUGCCGGAGAAGUAGCAAGUCAAACCGCCUCGCAGAUCCAUCAGGGAUAGGUGUCGAUAGCCACUCGAGAAGUUCCAAGUACCCGGCUACCUUAAGGUGACUUGAUCUUCAGAGCUGAUUGUACUCGGGUGAUAAUUACCCGCUGAGAGGAAAAGUCUGUGGCAGAGAAUCCCCAUCGAUUUGUGUUUCUUAUCUCCAGAGAGUGAGAACUAUCAAACGGUUAUAAAAACGAGUCUCAACCAGAAAAUCUCCCAGUUCAAACUGAUGCACUGAGACAUCAACACGCUGAUAAGACGAAUUCAAACGCGGAACUAAUCUCCUCACACAACUAUUUCAGUGAAAUCCAUCGUAUUCUUAUUCGCAUUCCUUCUAAGCGCGACAAGAAGUUAUCGGGAAAUUGAGAAAAUGCCUGAGAAACAAGUGGCACCUGUGAUUAGUAAUCUCGAGGAUUUCGAGCAUAAUUUACCUGGGUAUCUAAGUUCGGAAAGCCCAGUUGCCGUACUCCUGGACUACGAUGGCACCCUAGCUCCAAUUGCCGAUAAUCCAGCGAAGACCAAAAUGCCCGUGGAACUGGAGGCCAUACUGCACAAGAUAGCCAAGCAUCCCAAAGUUUUUCUCGCUGUGAUCUCGGGUCGCGGGCUGAAAGAUGUGCAAAAACAAGUAAACAUCGAUGGCAUUACCUAUGCUGGUAAUCAUGGACUGGAAAUCGAGUAUCCCGAUGGCUCCAGGCACGACUACGAGCUGCCCACGGAGAUCCAGAAAAACUACACAGAAAUGGUUAGGGAACUCAAGGAGAAGGUGGAGAAGAAUGGAGCCUGGGUGGAGGAUAAGAAGGUAUCACUCACCUACCACUACAGAGAUACGCCCGUAGCCCUGAAGGAUCAGCAAAAGCAGUUGGCUUCGGAGAUCUGCACAAAGUUCGGAUUCCGUGCGAAUCAGGCCCAUGAAGCCAUCGAAGCUAAGCCCCCAGUAAAUUGGAACAAGGGAGAGGCUGCCCUGUAUAUUCUGAAGCAGAAAUUCGGGGAUAAUUGGUCGCAGAAAGUGAGUGUGGUCUUUGCUGGCGAUGAUACCACCGAUGAAGAUGCCAUGAGAGUGCUUAGAGGCUUGGGUCGCUCGUUUAGAAUUUCUGCAGAUGCCCAGAUCCAGACUUAUGCGGAUUUCCGGUUGCCCAAGCAGGCUGUGAUGACCGAUCUUCUCAAAUGGAUAGCCAAUGUGUAUGUUUCUUAGAUAUAAUCGAAUUUAUAAAAGCUAAAAAGUUUGUUGAUUUUUUACAUAUAAUACAAAUCGAAAUUCUGUUUUUGCAUAAGCAAUAUUGAAAUAUAAACUGUAUAUGUAUUUGAUUAGUUAGUGGAAUUAGAAUAAAAUACUUGCUCUUAA